AUGAUUUCUUUCGUGUCCUUUUCGGCGUCUCUUCCUGCCAUUAAAUUCUCUGGCAAUGCCAUGGCUUCAUCGUCGUGCCGCGUCAAAUCCCGGCCAAUAGUCGCCUUCGCCACCGCUGAAGCUCGCUCUUCCUGGACGGAGCAACUGAGACCUUCGUAUCUGAACUCCUCUUACUUUUCGCUUUACGAUAUCCUCGGCAUCCCUUCCGACGCCUCUAACCAAGAAAUCAAGGCCGCGUACCAGCGACUGGCCAGAGUCUACCACCCCGACAUGGCGGCCAUCGACCGAAAAAACUCGUCUGCUGACGAAUUCAUGAAGAUCCACGCCGCGUACUCUACUCUUUCCGAUCCCGACAAGCGCGCUAACUAUGAUCGGAGCCUAUUCUGGCGACAAUGGUUGUAG